AUGACGUGCGGGAACAGCCGCCGCACUUCCAAUAUUGCUGCAACUGGAGAACUUUUUGAUCUUGUAACUAGCAACAGCGCAACCGCCAACAUGCCUUUCACCAAACAGAUCAAGUCGAGCCCAUACUUCAGCCGCUACCAGGUGAAGUACAAGCGCAGACGUGCGGGUAAGACCGAUUACUACGCCCGCAAGCGCCUCACUACCCAGGCCAAGAACAAGUACAAUGCGCCCAAGUACCGUCUUGUAGUCCGCUUCACCAAGCGUGACAUCAUCUGCCAGAUCGUCAAGUCCGAGAUCGUCGGCGACAAGGUCUUCUGCGCUGCGUACGCCCACGAGCUCAAGCGUUAUGGUGUCUCUCACGGCUUGACAAACUGGGCUGCUGCCUACUGCACCGGUCUACUCCUCGCCCGCCGUGCCCUCAACAAGCUCGAGCUUGACGAUACCUUCGAGGGUGUGGCCGAGCCUGAUGGCGAGUAUAAGCUCACCGAGGAGGCCGAGAAGGAUGGCGAGACUCGUCGCCCAUUCAAGUGCUACCUCGACGUUGGCCUUGCGCGCACCAGCACCGGCUCUCGUGUCUUCGGCGCCAUGAAGGGUGCCUCAGAUGGUGGACUCUACGUCCCUCACGGUGAGAAGCGCUUCCCCGGCUACGACAUCGAGAGCAAGGAGCUCGACGCCGAGACCCUCCGAAAGUACAUCUUCGGCGGCCACGUCGCUGAGUACAUGGAGACCCUUGCCGACGACGAUGAGGAGCGCUACAAGGGCCAGUUCUCUGGGUACAUCGAUGACGAGAUCGAGGCUGAUGGGCUUGAGGAGCUCUACGCCGAGGCUCACAGCCAGAUCCGUGAGGACCCAUGGAAGAAGGAUGAUGAGGAGGGUGAGAAGAAGACUCGCGAGGAGUGGAAGGAGGAGGGCAAGAAGCACAAGCAGGCUAAGAUGACCAAGGAGCAGAAGCAAGAGCGCGUGCAGGAGAAGAUCCGUGCGUUGGCCAGCGAGUAG